AUGAGCGCCCCUGUUUCCCAAGGCGAUGGCACGGCCGCUCGACGCAAUGAUAUGACCAGGUACUCCGACAUUACGGGGCCCAUUUAUGGAGCAUGGGUAGCCACCAUGAGUCUCAUCACCCUCGGCCUCAGUGCUGCCCUCUUUGCGCGCUUCCGCCCAGGCGCACGACUAUUCUUUGGCCCUCUCCGCAAUGUCUAUCUCUAUGACAUGCUCGUCUCCCUCGCUGCGCUAAUCUUUAGCCUGUGGUUGUGCAUCCCGAGGAUUUCCAGACGAGCGAAGCUCAUCAUCCUCACUAUUAUGACACUUCUCUUCCUCGCAGCAUUUGGUUGGACGGAACAUCAACAUUACUACAAUGCCUGGCGAUUCCGCUGGUACUCAACUUCGACGGCCCUCGUCGUCUUCCUCGGUCUAAUCGCCUUCCCAUUGCUCCUCUUCUGGCUUAUCGACAUGACUCUCUAUCUCUGGAGGCACCGACACCACGACGACAGAGACCUCGAACGCUCAAAGUAUCCGCCACCAAUGACAAAGGAAGGUCCUCCACCGACGACGGCUGCCAUCUAA